AUGGCUCCAGUUUUCUUCUUCUGUAAAAACCUGAUCAGCGAGGACCAGCACGGGUUUAUGCCAUCGCGGUCAACAACGACGAAUCUACUCACGUUUACGACGUUCGUGACCGACAGCUUCACCGCCAGAUCGCAAACCGACGCGGUGUACACCGACCUGUCGGCAGCGUUCGACAAGCUGAAUCACGCUAUUGCGAUCGCAAAACUGGAAAGGAUGGGAAUCGGCGGGACUCUCCUCAGUUGGUUCCAGUCCUAUCUGGCCGACCGGAAAAUCAACGUCAAGAUUGGAGACUGCUUGUCGGCUGCCUUGAUGGCCUUUUCAGGUAUCGCACAGGAAGUCAUCUCGGACCACUCGUCUUCCUUCUAUACUACAACGACUGCAACCACUCCCUCUCUGGACCGCGUCUGUCCUACGCAGACGACAUGA